UUAAAACCUUAAAUUGUAAAUAAAAUUUAAUUUAUGAAUGUUUAUUUAGUUUAUUAAUUAUAUUACAGUGAGAUUUACAUAUUCCUAGAGCUAUUUUGUUUCUCUAAUUUAACUUUGUUUCAUUGAAAAUUUUGUAGUUUUUAUAAAAAAAAAAUAAAAUUUUGAUAUUACUUAAUAAUUUUUUAAUUUACAAAAACAUUAAAAUGUUACAAAAGGAUGUUAAAUUAGAUGAUUCACCAAAGCAAUGGUUAUUAAAAAAACAUAUUGAUUUUUUACAGUCUUUUGGUAAAGAGAAACAUCAAUAUGAAAGCAAUAUGAUGGAAUUUCUCCGGAUGUCUGGUAUGUAUUGGGGACUAACAGCAUUAUACAUAAUCAAUGAUGGUAAAAUACCACAACAAGAAGAAAUUUUUGAGUAUAUUAAAAUCUGUGAACAUAAUUGUGGUGGUUAUUCUCCUGCUCCAGGACAUGAUCCACAUUUACUUUAUACUCUCAGCGCAGUUCAGAUUGCUUGCAUACUAAACCGUGAACAAGAUUUGCCUAUAGAUAAUAUUAUAUCAUAUGUAAAACAGCUGCAACAAGAUGAUGGUAGUUUUGCUGGAGACAAAUGGGGAGAAAUUGAUACACGGUAUUCAUUUUGUGCAUUAGCUUGCUUAUCACUUUUGGGUAAAUUAAAUGAAAUUAAUUUAGAAAAAGCUGUUAAUUUUAUUAAUAGCUGUCAAAAUUUUGAUGGAGGAUUUGGUUCUAGACCUGGAUCUGAAAGUCAUGGUGGACUUAUAUACUGCUGUGUAGGAGCGUUAUCUAUUGCAGGUAGAUUAGAUUUGAUUGACGCUGAUACAUUAGGAUGGUGGUUAGCUGAAAGACAGUUGCCAUCUGGUGGGCUUAAUGGUCGACCUGAAAAAUUACCAGAUGUUUGUUAUUCAUGGUGGGUUUUUUCAUCAUUGAAUAUUCUUGGAAGAGAUCAUUGGAUUGAUAAAGAAGAAUUAAAAAACUUCAUUCUUGCUUCUCAAGAUACUGAAAGUGGUGGAUUUAGUGAUAGACCGGGAGAUGAACCUGAUCCAUUCCAUACACUAUUUGGUCUUGCUGCAUUGUCUCUUAUGUCAUAUGAUAAAAUGUUACCAAUUGACCCAACAUUUUGUAUGCCUAAAUGUGUUAUUAACAGAUUAGGCAUUCAACCUCAAAUUUUACCGCACCCAUAGUUUAUCAAUUUAAUUAUUUAUUUUUUAAUUCCUUCUCAUUGUAUUUAUUUGUACAUUAAUUUAAUUAAAUAUUUUAAAACAUUUUAA